UCCAAAGAUCUUACGCAUGUAAAGGACGUCGCCCACCACGUACAUCGUUGGAGGUUAAAAUGUCUCUAUUAGCGAUAAUGUUCCCUUCGUUCGCGACGUGCAAUUUACAUUCAUACAUACCUACCUAUUGCACUUGAAUACGGUCAAACUGGAAUAUUCUUAUAUAUGCAAGCACGGUGAUAAGACCGAUCGACAGUAAAAAGUUCAAUGAUUUGUAAUUCGUACAUGGAUUCUGCAGUGAGAUAAUGAAAUGAACCAAGCCAGCGGAUACAGCGAUAAUGCAUAGCGAGCGUGCAAAUUAAUCUUUCGCUAUAUAAGCUAAUUUUUAGCUGAAGUCCAGCACAGUUGUCUCCGGCACUGAGUGGUAGAGCACAGCGGUAAAACUUCCUUUAGAGUUUGUGGCAAAAGGUGUUGGAAACUUUCAAAAUGAAGACGUUUGUAAUUUUAUUAAGUUUUCUUGUCUGCUGCGUCACAGCAGGACGUUUGGGUUUGACUCAAAAACUUUUAUGGCUGGACUCUGUACGCCAAGGACAGCAGGCCGCCCCACUUAGUGAGACACCAUUAUCGACUUAUUCUGACAACAAUAAGAAGCUAUUUAAUUCUUUAGAUCAAGGUUACACAUCUCAAGGUACGAACGAGCGUCAACAAUUCCUGCUUGAUGUCCUGCUUCAGGUUCAAAAGCCCUUAGUGAACACACAGCUCAUCGUACUCGGCCAGAUAUUGGUGACAGAUCCCAAUCAGUAUGUAUUGCCAAACGAUGAAAUUCUACAGCAGUUUUUGCAACAAGCCAGCUAUCAGAAUAUUCUGGGACGCAAUGAUGUCUACAACCCAGUCGAUAUGUCAGAUAUACGCCAAUUGGUGGGACUUCAACGUUUCUUUGUGCUAGCCCAGGACUUCACCGUUUUCCAAAAGAAUGUUGUCUACGCGCGCCUUUAUUUCAACCCCGUCAUGUUUGUGGAUGCUCUGUCGCUAGCGAUACGUGACCGUGCAGAUACCCAGGAUCUUGUGAUGCCAUCAAUGAACGAGAUCUUACCACAGCUGUACUAUGACAACUAUGUCCUCAACGCUGCACAAAAUGUCGACUAUUACAACUUGAUUAGCCAGGCAACUCGUACAAGUGCAAAGCACAGUCUAUUCGAUGUGUUCGGCUUGGGUGGUUUUGGUUCAUUAUUUCAAGUACGUAAAUAUGGGCUGUUCAACCCAAGGCAACAAAGACGUGUGGAAAUAGCAAACGGCCGUGCUAACAGUGAAAUACAGGCUCAAAUUACUUUGCAAGUGGGGGAACAAGGUGGAGCCUCAACUGAUCUAACAAAUGAUAUUGCACUCAAUGUGGCAUUUAGCAAUAUUAUCAUCGAUCAACUGGCGCAAACAGUCACUGAGGUCAUUGAAGGAGAACAACAUAUUGGCGGUAUAGGCAGCAAUCAACAGAAGUACCAGCAAGGGCAGUACUACCAACAAGGAGAAGGAUCAAACAGAGGUAUUGGAGUAGGUUAUCGGGUUCGCCGAGACAAGCAAGACAUUUAUGAAGGCCAGACCAAUGGUGAAUCCUUGGAUAUACUAGAAGGCAUCAAUGCUGUGUCAAAGCAAAAUGUCGUAAACACCAACGAAUUGCCCCAAGUGGAUGUUAACAGCCAACACCUUCUGCGUGUCGGACGUAGACAUCGUGGAAAUACUCCUUAUGGUGGAUACUCAAAUUACGUGAACCCUCUCUAUCGCCAACAAAAUCAAUAUAGUUACAACGAUCAGGAAAACGAUUAUGAACGUGAACAAAACCAAGGAAGUCAAUAUGGUUACAACAAUCAGGCAUAUGGUUCAUCUUAUGCUCAGCCCAACAGACGUCAGCAAAGUCAGGGAGCACAAUACGGUUCCCCUUAUGGUUACAAGGAUCAGGAAUACAGUUCAUAUUAUGGUAGCCCUUGUGUACACCACCAAAAUCAGGGAUACUUUUAUGGUCGUGGUCAAAAUCAAGGAGCUCAAUAUAGUUACAACGAUCAGAAAUACGGUUCUUAUUAUGCUGCUCAGCCUUAUGGACGUGAACAAAGUCAGCGAGCUCAAUAUGGUUCAUCUUAUGGUUACAAGGAUCAGGAAUAUGGUUCGUAUUAUGGUAGCCCUUAUGGGCACCAACAAAGUCAAGGGGCCCAGUAUGGUUACCAAAAUCAGGGAUACUCUUAUGGCCCUCGUCAAAACCAAGGAGCUCAACACGGUUCAUCUUAUGUUGCUCAGCCUUAUGGCAGUCAACAAAAUCAAGAAGGUCAAUAUGGUUCACUUUAUGGUUAUAAGGAUCAGGAAUACGGUUCAUAUUAUGCCAACCCUUAUGGACGCCAACAAAAUCAGGGAGCUCUGUAUGGCUACCAAAAUCAGGGAUACUCGUAUGGUCGUGGUCAAAAGCAAGGAGCUCAAUAUGGUUACAAGAAUCAGGAAUACGGUUCAUCUUAUGCUAAUCCGUUUGCUCGUCAACAAAAUCAAGGAAAUCAAUAUGGGUACAAGAAUCUGGAAUACGGUUCAUCCUCAUCUUACUCCAGCCCUUAUGGACGUCAACAAAAUCAAGAAGCUCAAUAUGGUUACAGGAAUCAGGAAUACGGCUAUGGCGCUAAAGGUCCAGAACAAGCGCAAUAUCAACGUCAACAACAGCAGGUAUAUCGUGUGCAGCCAUAUGGACAGGAAGAUGUUGUCAGUGUUAAUGAUGUGACCGCGGAUAAUGAUGAUGAAACUGUGGUGGCUCGUUACGCACGUGACACUGGUAACCGUGGAGAAAGUGGCAGGCGUAAUCGAGGUCACGACUCCAAACGCCACAAUUAUCGCUACACAGAACAGUAUCGUGAGCUGGAAAGUUUGCGUGGUGAAAUCGUCCGCAGCAUUGCCGCAACUCAACAAGUGAGAUACUCUCGUCGCGGGGAAAUACUCUUACAAAGCAUACAAGAGUUGGCUGCUAGGUUGAAUAUGCAGCAAAUCGUUGAGAUCAUUGAAGGAGGCCGUAGCCAGCAACAACAACAGCAAUACCUGCAGAUACAACAGGAAAUCGGUCAAAUCAUGCAGCAACUGCGAAUACUCAUUGAUCAAGUCACUCAAGAGGCGGGCAUAAGCGAAGGAAGCGAGGAAACUCUUGAUAUAGUUGCCAGUAUUAUUAAUGGUAAGAUCAUACUCGAGCAACGGCAACUGUCCAUUGCAACACAAAGUUCAUUGCAAGAGUUGCAACAGCAGAUACAACGUGUCGUCGGAAAUCAAGUUGGUCAAGUGAAUGAGGUCACCCCACUCGUCUUGCUGGCCGGCAACUUACGCAAUCCGGUUACUCAACAAACCAUUCUUUCACUUGCCCAGCUGAUCGAUGAGUACCGUCAGGAAUUGCAACCAUACACCAAGAACCAAUUGGGCGGUAAUGGUGAUAUUGCUGUGCGUAAUAUUUUGAUCGAUCCUUUGGUUACCUACACUGAAGUGGUGGAUGCCGACCUUGUCAAUCUUAUCGACCAACAGCUAUUGCAGUCAAACACCAACAACCUGCAGCAUCUGAGCCAGAAAGUGGUGGCCCGUCAACAACGUUUGAAUUAUGAACCAUUCACCAUUUCAAUGAACAUUGAAUCCGAACUUCAACAGGAUGUUAGCAUUCGUAUUUUACUUGGCCCACAAGUCGAUUACAACGGUCGUCGCGUAUCUUUGGCACAAAACCGUCAGAACUAUAUUGUCAUUGACGCUUUCGUAAAACAAUUGCAGGCCGGCGAGAACAACAUCCAACGCUACUCACGUCAAUUUAACGGAUACAGCAACGAAGUUUCCACCAUUAGUGAAAUUUAUCGUCAGGUAAUAACUGGACAGAAACAACAGCAACAGUCUGGUACUAAUAGUCAGCUUCCCCAACAUCUUUUGCUGCCACGUGGAACGACUAUUAAUGGAGGUUUGCCAGUGCAGAUAAUGGUUGUAGUGACUCCAUUGACACAGCAAGAUCGCUUUUUGCUUGGAGAGGGUGUCAACGCACAACAAAUCAGUGGUGUUGGAAUCGCUGGAAUAGGCGUCGACCAGUUGCCGCUGGGCUAUCCAUUGGACAGGCAAAUCGUAGAUGAGCAGAGUCUAAAUGUACCGAAUAUUUUGGCAACCGAAACUGUGAUACAGUAUGACAGUCGUACUCGGGCUUGAGAUAACCCCAGCGAACUUUGAUGACUGAAAUAUUAAGAUGGAAAGAAAUUUUAAACCGAUAUAUUUGCAUACAUUAAUUUUUUAUACUAAAAUAUAAAUAAUGGUUCAUAACUGCUGAUUUUAAAUAUUUUGAUAUUCGAAAAUUAAAUAAAGUGUUGCAAUCCAAAGAACAAA